AUGAGGUUCAACGAGUUAAAAUGUAAAGUGUUAACUGUGUCGCGAAAGAAACAACCUGUGGACUUCACAUACCGACUGGGCUCAACCACUCUUACUCAUGUUGGAAAAGAGAAAGAUCUUGGGGUUACAAUGACUGGAAAGCUUUCAUGGGAUUCUCAUAUCCAUGAGAUCACAGCUAAAGCCAACAAGCUGCUCGGUCUAUUGAAGAGAACAUGCCCUUUCCUGACUGACGUCAGCGUCCGACGUACUUUGUACCUUUCGUUGGUAAAAUCCAAUCUCUGUUAUGCCUGUGAAGUCUGGUCCCCAUAUAUCUGCUCACAGAAGACAAAGAUAGAGCGUGUGCAGAGACGAGCCACUAGAUGGAUAUUGAAAGCUAGAAAGGGUGAUUCCAGCUACAAUGAGCGUCUCGUUGAUCUGAACUUACUACCUUUGUGUUAUGAUAGAGAGAUAAAAGAUCUAAUGUUCUUCUACAAGACUCUUUAUGGUAUUUCCGAUCUCAAUGUUCAUGACUAUGUCUCGUUUGUAACCCAUAACCACUCCCGUCUAUGUCGUAAUCCCAACAUGUUGCUCAAGACUCCAUUGUGUAAAACCACAACAUAUCAGAACUCAUAUUUCAACCGGAUCGUGAAAUUAUGGAACAGUGUUUGUAAAGUAGCUCCACCAAAUACAUUUUCUAGUGUCAAAACAUUUAAAUACUACCUCUUUAAUUAUUAUUCUAUGUUAGUAUCGACCGUAUUCGAUGUAAACUUGUUAUGUACUUGGUCUAUGUCACGUGACUGUUCCUGUCAUAGGAGUUAAUUGCCUUGUUGUAUAAACUUGUUAUUAGUAUUUACAUAGUAAACUAUAUUUACAUGUAUUCUGUUGGAAAGGUGCCUUGCAUGGAUAGCGCAAAUUAUUUACGUUCCGUUCGCACCUCUUCCAUUUGGGUAAUAUUCGUUCUUCGCAUGCAUAGUAUUAGUACGUCUUUUGUAAAUAAUUAUUAUAUUUACCCAAUAAAGUAUUUAAACAAAUAACUACCUGGAAAUGUUAGCCAUCUUUCUUGGGCUACAGACAUUUGCAAAAAAUCUGAAUAACACACACAUAAGAAUAAUGUGUGAUAAUACCACUGCGGUUAAUGUUAUAAAUCACAUGGGUACAAGUCACUCUGACAUUGCAAUAAUAUGGCAAAGCAAAUUUGGGAGUGGUGUAUUGAUAAAAAACAUAUGGCUCACCGUAGUCCACAUCCCGGGAAAACAAAAUUUGGUUACGGAUUAUGAAUCAAGGAGACAUCAAAGGGAAUCUGAAUAAGGCAUUGCUUUCAGAUACCUUGGUUAAGCUUAACUUUAGCCCAGAGAUCGACUUAUUUGCAACUCGGGUAAACAAGCAAUUCCCAAAAUAUGUUGCAUACCGACCAGACCCAAAUGCUUGUGCAAUAGUUGCAUUCACCUUAUCAUGGGCGAACUUAAAAUUUUACGCCUUCCCACCAUUUAGUGUCCUUGGAGCUAUGCUGGCAAAGAUCCAAAAAGAGGGAG